CAUAGGCCGGCGCUUCCGCCAAUCACGGCUGGCGUCUGGGUCUGAUCAGCAGGGGAGGCUGAGAGGCCGGCGGAGGAGAGGGAAAGGGGAAAAGAAAAUCGGCGUGCCGGCGGGGAGAGUGCGGCCGCUCGGGGUGAGGAGGGAACCGGGAGGGGACGGCGUGUAUUGUGGCUGGGCGGGGAAGACAAGGCCCGAGAGCCUGAACGCGCGAACCGUUUCCUCAAAGUGAACGGGACCUCGGAUCGCCCACCCUGCCUGAGCUUGGAUGGAGGGUUUGACUGUGGCGAUAUGCAACUAUGUGCGAAUAUCAGAAUACUGUAGAUGCUGAAAAUCUCAAGCGAAAGCAGAAAGUGGUGAAAAUGCCCAACAGGGAUGUCAGCAUCUGUGGAGAGAAGAACCAGCACCGAAAACAAAGUUGUCUGAUUUAACGAAUCAGUAGUAUGAUGAGACUGAAAGAUGGGCAGACAAGAUCCUUCCAGGCACCUGUAGACGUUCACACUUCACAAGAUGGUCAAAUUUAUCUAUUUGGGAGUGACGCAGCAACAUCUGGUGAGUCGUCAGACGAAGACAAGGAUAGCAUUGAACUGCGGCCCAGAGGUCGAGAGUGUCAGUGGUCCAGUGUUACUGAGGAAAAGUCCAACAGUACAGUGUUUCUGGUUCGAGAGGUUGUUGACGGCGACAACCUCAAUAUUUUUGCUUUGCAAUAUGGCUGUUCGGUUGCAGAUCUCAAAAGAGUGAACCACCUCAUCAGAGAGCAAGACUUCUUUGCCUUAAAAACAAUAAAAAUUCCUGUGAAAAAGCACAGUUUAUUGACAGAAGCACACGAAGAGGCAAAACGGCGACAGGUUAUCUCUGCAAAUAACAGAACCUCUACGUUUGCAGAGGGCUGUGCUGCAGCGGACCAAGGAACAGGCGAAAAUAAGUUAAGCGAAUAUUUUGAGGAAAUUGACAAGGAUAUCGAGAAAAUCAUCCAGUCCACAGAUCAAUGUAAAGAUCACUUAGAAGAAGUAGUUUAUUGUCAAACACCCAAUGGAGUUAAUUCAGCCCCGUUAUCUCCAAAGGAUGUUCAUCAUGGAGCCGACUGGGGUAUUCGGUGGUGGAAUGCUGUGGUAAUCAUGCUUUUAGUGGGCAUUAUUGUCCCAAUAUUUUACGUGGUGUACUUCAAAAUUCAAGAGACUGAUAGUGCUGUGGACCCAACAGCUCCGCUGAUGACUGGCACAACAAUAAGACCAAAUGGCACUAUCUCAACUACAGUACAAUCCAAAAUUGCAACACUUUCAAAUGGGUGAAUGGGAUGGACUAAAAAGUUACAACUUCAUGUUUUUUUCAUCCAUGAUAACAGUACACAGUAACUGGCUGGGAUGUUCAAAGUCAUUGGUUUUGGAUCGGUACAGAUAGCAUGCCUGUACCAGUGAAGGGAUGUGUAUUCCACUUUAGACCUUUACUGUGACACUGGAAUUGCUUGUACAGGCCCAGUGUAAGCCCUAAACUGAAGUUUGAAUUUCCAUAUCAUCUCCUGAUUUUCAGUAACUCUUUGUGGUACCCCUGCAGGGCACUUAUCUACUCAUGAUAAUGUAGUAAAAUGAACUCACUGGUAGAGUUUGCAACCAAAUUGUCUUGAGUAGCCAAGUUACUACUUAUUUGUUUCCCUGAAGUUUUGAUGACUACUGUUGAAUCCAACACUUGUAAACCACGGACUAAUCAAACAAAGUGCAAUUGAUAGUGACAACUUGUGCCUGUGCUAGUACUCCUGAGAAUUAUUAUAAAAGUAUUUAAUAGAUGAGUACAGAAUUGAGUUAAUGUGACAUAUCUUAGACAAUGGAUCCCAGUGCCAAAUAAUAGCAGCCAUCUAGUUUUGUACCUACAAUUUUCAACGGUUAAAUCCUGAAAUAUUUUUAGUGACAUGAACUGGAUUUACAAUAGUUCCAGAUUAAGAGCUGCAUUGUAUUUGGAAGUUGAUGCUAGCUGACAAGCAUAUAACUAUUCCAUUUUCAUGAACCAGCAUUCCAGUCACUUGCAGAAAAGUUGUUCACAAUGUUCAUGACUUAAUGUUCAGCUGGCAUCAUGUUGAGCCUUUAUUUUUUCAUACUGGCUAUUGAUCUUUGAUUCAGGUUUGUGUUGUUUGGAGAGAUGAUGCACGUUUUCUGUUUUCCAUUGAUGAAAUUUAAAUUUGGAUUGGGUGGUCUUGACUUGUCGAGGUCCAAGCAGAAGUGGUUUUGAAGUAAUCUGCUGUUGUGAAAGAAAUAAACUAAUAAUCUAAUUUUAAGUAUUCCGAGAAAAAAAAAUGUAAGAAUUGAUGCCUAUGGCAAUUAACAGUAAGAAUCAGAACAUUGUAAAAGAAGAUUGGCAUUCAGGAAAAUUCUACUUUCUGACAAAUAACUUCAUAACUCUGCAUCCCAUUUCAUUUGCUUCAUAAUUAGAUGAAUAGUUUCCUCCUAUAUCUGCACAUUAUACAUUUAGAAAUAUUGCUUUUGCAGAAACCUGUCUGACCGUAUUUCUACCUGUUGAGUUAUUGAGGCAGCUGAACGUACGUUACACUCUAUAAUGUUUUGCCAGUUUAAACCUUUUGCUGCUAUCUUCUGCUGACACAGAAGCUUUCAGAAUGGCACAGAGUUUUCCUUGGAUGUUACCUGUAUGUAUUAAAUCACUAGAAGCGUAUUUAUUUUGUGCUAAACUUCUGAUUAGGUUGUAUCCAUUUUGUUCAUAGAAUUGUGAAAUGUUAAUUAAGCAAAGAAAUUAUAGUAGUCCAAAUGAAUGCAAGCUAACACCAUUUGACAUGCAGUGUUUUCAGACCUAUCUAUAGAUCUGUCACCAUAAAUGAAUUUUACAACAAAAAUGCAACUCAUUUUUAAACUUAUUUUAUAUAUUCACGCAGGGAGGAGAUGGAUCCCCAAUGACUAUCGUUCAGGAGUGUCAGCAAUGAAAUAGCAUUUGCACUGAACAUUUAUUUUUUAAACAAUUCUUUGGAACAAGGUGUUUUGCCAAAGGACCCAUUUGGAAAGGGAGACAGGGAUAGGCUAAGACCAAUUGCCCUCCUGUCAAUAGGAGAAAAACCGCCAGUGAUCAUAACAAAAGCUAUGGACUAAUUUGAAACGGUCAACAUGGAUGUAAAUGGAGCAUCAUGUCUGAUUAACUUAAUCAAAUUCUUCCAGGAAAUUACCAAACAUAUAGAUGAAGAGAAUGCAGAUGAGGUUGUAAGUUUUAACUUCAAGAAACUUUCAAUAAAGUGCCACAUUAGAACCUUGUUACAAAGUUUAAGAACUCUGAUGAUAAGAGUAAAGUUGCAGCGUACAUAGAGAUGGCUGAAAGUUAGAAAGCAGAAAGUAAAGCCUAAAUGGAUUGGCAGCAUGCCUCCGUGAUUUUUGUUAGGACCUCCUCCAUAUACAUAAAAGAUUUGACCAUGGGCGUAUCAAAAUUUGUGAAUACUUCUGAAUUGCGAAUACUUCUGAAUUAGGAGCAUAAAAAGCUGCAAAAGAAAAUGUAAGCGGCUGCAAGAGGGCAUAAAGAAAAACUAAUGAUUAUAUAAUGCUUUUCAUAACCUCAGGACACCCCGAAGCGCUUUGCAGCCAGUGCUUUAGAAAUGUUGUCAAUGUUGUAAUAUAGGAAACAGAUUAAGGGAGCAUUUGGAAAAUUAAGUCAUGGCGAAUAAAUAUGGAGUUGGGAAAAAGAACAAAAUUGGAAAUAUACCUUCAGUGGAGCAAUGCUCAAUUGAAUGGACAAGUCAGAGUGCAGGUGAAUAAAGCCUUAAUUGCAGGAGAUUGGUGCACAUUUAGAAACACUAAAAAACAUUAGUUAAAAUGAGUGAGAGCGAUUGUGUUUUGUGAAUGGGGCACACUGAAUACAAAUCCAAGGAUAUGGUGAUGAAUCUGUUCAAACCUUAAGUCAGGUUGCAGCUAGAAUGUGCCAUUUUGGGUAUCUGAUUAGAGAAAGGAUUUUGGGGCUGUGGAAAGAGUGCAAUGCAGAUUCACUUGGUAGCUUCAUCAGGGAAAAAAAUAAGAGAAAGUUAAUAGGGGCAUUAAAGAAGUGUUCAAAUUUACUAAAAGAUUCAAGGGGGAAAAUAUCAAUUUCAAUGGUGAAUCGGCAUCAUUGAGAACAUAAAUUUGGCAUUAAUAUUAGAAAUAAAAGGAAGGUUAAAGGACUUUUUUUAUGGAUUGUUAGACUGGAAUGCAAUGCCAAUUGAAGUUAAACUGUGACAUUUAAAAGGGAGGCAUUCAAAAAGUAAAUAUUAAAGGGUACAGACAGACAUGAGAUCAGAGUGCAUAGCUUUGGCAUUGAACUGACAUGGGCACAAUAGGCUGAAUGGCCCUUUGUGUUGAAAUUUAGGUGACUUUUACCUAAUUCAUUCAAUUUUAGUUGGGGGGGGAGAAAAUAGCCUCAAAAUAUCAAGAGGUUUUCAGCAACAAACAUUUAUUGUUAUUACAUUGUUAAAUCAGUUCCUAAAUAACCUUACAGAUAAUGUGUACCUUUUAUUUAAAAAAUAAAAUAAAAUUUUAACAU